AUGCAAUAUGCUACAAACUACGAGUAUUUGAAUUUAGCAAUUUUAAACUUUGUUCAACUUAGAAAAGCCCAGACUCAGAUACCAAAUCUCGUCAUUUUGUAUGAUGAGAUACUUCAAUUUUAUGAUAGUGAUCGAUGGAGUGAUUUAUUUCAAGUUGCGAAUUACCAUGGGAUCACAAUGAGACCAACACUGCUCAUUAAAUCUAAUUAUGACGAUCAACUGCCUUGGGCCGCGUCUUUUACCAAAUUACAAGUGUUUGUGCAGGAUGAUUUUGAUCGUAUUGUUUACAUUGAUGCCGAUUCCAUGUUUGUCAAUUCAUCGUUUGUGGCAGGCGGAAAAGCAAUUAAUAAAAUGAAUGGAGUGAGCCACAUUGAUGAACUAUUUAAAAUUCCACAAGAAUUUGACGUGGCUCUACCUCAAGCAUAUUGGUUGAAUCAUAUUGUUGAGGGUAAGAGCCCACCUAAAUAUACUCAGCCAGUAAUAGAGAUUCCCACCAAGAGGACACACAAGCUCCAAAUGCGGAAACUAGUCAAUGAGUUGAACAAGAGUCAAGAUUGGCGCAUAUUGCCACUGUUGGUGUAUGAAGAUCACAAAUUUGAAAAUUUCAAUGACUUUUUUGCCAACCACGUUAUGGUUAUUAAACCAUCAAAAGAUGUUUAUAAUGAGCUUUUAAAGUACGUUUUCAACCCUUGGUAUUGGUCUCUAACAAACCGCAAGAAUGUGAAGAAGUCAUCGGACUACGAUAUGGAGAUUUUAAACAAAUACUUGGAUACAAAAUUGCGCAAAGGUGCUAUAAAUGUGGGAAUCUUGCCGCAUAGAGUGUAUGGAGUAUUAACUGGCGAGUUUGGAGAGGAGUGGCAUGCACGAUUCAUUACAGAACCGCAAUACCUUCCAUUUGUUAAGAAACGAUCCAACAAAGGGUGGGAUCCAGUCUCCAUAUUUAGCAAAGUGAAAUUGGUUCAUUUUUCAGAUAGUCCAAUACCAAAGCCAUGGGAAGAGGAACGAGAAAAUGCCAAUCAAGAAUCUCAGGGAGGAAAAUACUAUGAUACGAAACGUACUUUUUGCAAGACAAGUAACUUGACAGAGUACCAUGAAAAAUUCCCACAUUUCAAACCGCGAUUAGUCGAAGAUUGUGUUAGCGUUGAUAUAUGGAACUGGAUAAGAAAGAAGUUUAAAGAGAGCCAAAAAGAUUUGUGGUUUUGUUGA